ACAAGUUUCGUUGCGGGAGGGUUGUCCGUGAACUGUUAUUCCUUGACAAGAUGUCGAAUCCAAAUCCAACAAUAUCUUUAAACAAGGAUUACCUCAAAAGUAAAGCUGGAAUAUUGAGGAUUUUCGAAGCAAUAAUUGGAAUAUGUGGAAUCAUCUGCGAGUCCGUAGGAGGCUAUUGUAACUAUGGAGGAAUGUACAGUUUCUACAAUUUUGUGGUUGUGACGACUCUCAUUAUAGCCAUCAUCAUCCUCAUCAUCUACUUUUUCAGUCUCGAUCAACAUUUGCGAUUCAUGUGCGCGUUUGUCAACUGUCCACUGACGGUGUUUAUCAAUGAUGUCAUUUUCACAAUCCUGUACUUGAUUGCUGCUAUUCUCAUGUUUGUCACAGUAUUUGGAUGCAGAUAUCGACAAGUAGCGAGAAUCUUCGCAUCACUCUUUGGAGUUUGUGGCACCAUCGUUGUGGGGCUUCUAGCUUUCGACGGCUACCAACUGCAUCGCAGCGCCCAAUCAGAACCGAAAUCAGAUCCGGCUUAAAAAUCUUCUGUGUGUUUUUUUUUUAACUUUCAAUUCUAAUCACUGCCAAGAAAGACUGAUUUGCAUCGUUUCUUUUCUGACUUAUUGAUUUAUGGGAAAUAUUAAUCCGAAGCAAUGAGAAAGCGGACUUGCUGCAAUGUUCUUUGCGGUUUUAGAUUUAUACUUUUUAAAAAAUUUCAAAUGUGUCGAACGCGUCAUCUAUCCAGGGAUGACCAACGUGUCUGUCAUUACGAUGCACUUUAAAUGUUGGAAAGGGCUAUUGAAAGUGCUAUUGAAAUAUUUCUUUUGGUGGUGAGAAAACACGUAAGAAUAAAAAUUUGGGGCUACCUCAAGUUAGAGCCGUUAUACGAGGUCAAAUCAAAAAGUCUGUUUUUUUUAAGCCAAAGUAUGGCUGGGAAUACAAAACGAACAUGUACAUUCCCAGCAGUGACAGUUCCUUUAACCGUACCUGCUUUUUGCUCGGAAGAGCGGAGCUGCUAUCAGUCAUUUAAGAUGACAGUCGUUCUUCAGACGUCCACAGCUUAUGAGCAGCAAAAUGUUAUUCGUUUUCUAUGGAGCAAGGGACAAACGCAAAUAGCAAUUCGCAGGGAAAUGCUCCCCACACACGGGGAAAAGUGACUCUCUUGGAGACUCACUUGAAGAGACACAAGGGACGUUUGUCUCUUUUGCUCCAUAGAAAACGAAUAACACUUCGCUGCUCA